AGUCCUAGAAAUAGAAAGAAAUAUGCAAGGAAUGAUGGAAGGAAAAUCCGGAAGACGAAGAAGAGGUUAGAAGACAGGCAUUUGUCGGAAGAUUUUCGAGAGUCCGGCUGUUUAGGAUCUCAAUCUGCAUAAUUUGAGCAUAUAUAUUUGAGCCAUGAGGGGAGCCUCACCGUUUCAAAAUCACAGACCUGUGGUGUGGUGAAUCAAUGAAUGAUCUCUGUUGGGGAUGAUAUGCCUGUAAGUUUGGCCUGACAAACAAAAAAAAAAUUGAGAAGAAGCUUGAAUGUUUUGCUGUGGAUUUAUGUGGAAAUCCGGAGGAGAAGAUUUGCAAGGUUUCUAUCCAGUUAGACCAGAAUGUCAAGCAGAUGUUCCAAGGACCCGAUUUAAAUCACGGGCUGGAAAAACACUAAGUGCUAGAAGAUGGCACGCUGCUUUUACUGAAGAUGGGCAUUUGGAUAUGGAAAAAGUGCUUAGACGUAUACAGCGUGGAGGAAUUCACCCCUCUAUCAAAGGCGCUGUUUGGGAGUUUUUGUUAGGAUGUUACGAUCCAGACAGCACUUUUCAGGAAAGGAACAAGCUGAGGAAUCGAAGAAGGGAGCAGUACGGUGCAUGGAAAGAAGAAUGUAAGAAAAUGGUUCCUGUCAUUGGUAGCGGGAAGUUCGUCACAAUGGCAGUGGUCUUAGAAAAUGGGAAACCAAUUGAAGAAUCCUCUGUAGAAAAUCAAGGAUGGGUCGUGAAAAACACCGUUACAGACGAGAGAGUGCUCCAAUGGAUGCUCUCAUUGCAUCAGAUCGGCCUUGACGUUGCUAGAACAGAUCGGUAUCUCUCCUUUUAUGAGAAUACUAGUAAUCAAUCAAAACUAUGGGAUGUUCUUGCCAUAUAUACGUGGUUGAAUCUUGAUAUCGGGUAUGUUCAGGGAAUGAAUGAUAUAUGUUCCCCAAUGAUAAUCCUCUUUGACAAUGAAGCCGAUGCUUUCUGGUGCUUUGAGCGUGCAAUGCGGAGACUGAGAGAAAAUUUCAGGGCAACAGCAACAUCAAUGGGUGUCCAGACUCAGCUGGGUGUGCUCUCACAGGUCAUUAAAACGGUUGAUCCUCGACUCCAUCAACAUCUAGAGGAUCUCGAUGGUGGGGAGUAUCUGUUUGCUAUUCGGAUGUUGAUGGUACUUUUCAGGAGAGAAUUCUCCUUCCUCGACGCUUUGUACCUUUGGGAGAUGAUGUGGGCUAUGGAGUAUAAUCCAAACAUGUUUGCAACAUACGAGGAACUAGAAAACCGAAACAACGCAGCAGAAGAUCCCAAGUUACUAAAACGGUAUGGCAAGUUUGAGAGGAAAUACGUAAACAGCGGACGGAACGAGCAACAUCGCAAUACGCUUGCUGUUUUCGUGGUCGCCAGCGUUCUGCAGACAAAGAACAAACGUCUCUUGAAGGAAGCUAAAGGUUUAGACGACGUUGUUCAGGUCUCUCUCUUUUCCCUCUCCUUCUCUCAAAGCGGUAAAACCAAACGCCGUAAACUUCAAAUAUAUGUUGUGUUGCAGAUACUAGGAGACAUCGCAGGUAAUCUUGACGCGAAAAAAGCGUGUAAAGAAGCGUUGAAGAUCCAUGAAAAAUUCCUGAAAAAGGCUAAUAGGCAAUAAAGAUUUGCUUCCACUUUGUAUACCGAGAGAUAUUAUACGGUUUUAUCAAUCGGCUAGAAAUCUCUUGAAAAGAUUAUGGAAGGGGAGUGAUGAAAAAGCUCUGAUGAUUCUUUUAUUUUUUAUAUUUGUUUAUCAUCUUCUAAUGUUUUAUGUUAUUUGUGGUACAUUGUGUGCCGUUUUUGAGUUAUAAGAGUGAACUUCGUGAUACUUUUCUUUUUCAUUUCUUUUGUAAUUCACUGGAAGACGCGGUGAAUUUACUUAACAUUCACACGACUCACGACGAGUCACCAACCUCUUCCAUAACUUUUUUUUU